GGACUAAACUGCCCCCCUGCUCUGAAGUGCGUGAAGCAGAAACAAGGUUAUGAAUGUGGAUGCAAUUCUGGUUUUAAGGUUGUGGGAGGCGGGAACGCCAGGACUUGUAAAGGUACGAGAACUGUUUAAUUAAUUUUAACGCUUAUAAUUGGCAUGAGAAUGAGCUGAAUUAGUUAAAAAAUAAUCAGUUGAUUACAAAUAUUUAGGCUACACGUUACAAUGAAAUUUGCUCGAACAGAAAUACCGAAGGCAAUUUACUGCAACUAUAUUAAACUUGACCGUUCCUCAGAUAAAAGGCAAUUCCAGCUGUUUUUCAUGCGAUUCACUUAAUAGUAACAAUUCGCGAGGCUCAGGUCAGAAACUGGACUUAAGUGUGAAAUUCGGAACCGUUGAAAAAAAAAAAACACCCCGAUUCAGCCUCAACCUAUUAUAGUAAUCGCAUCAGACUGUUGUUGAGUUUCUUGUUUUCUGGUUUAUGGACGAGUACUUUGACCGACAUUAUUGAAGGUGAAUCAAACAAGGCGGUUGAAUAGCCAACGUUUUAUAUAUCAAAAUGCUAUCAUAACUUAGAGGCUUCAGGGUCAAAAUUGCCAUCUUUUUACGACUCCAUUUGUGUCGCAAUUUCCAGGAGAGACUUGAGCACAAAGAAAAAGAAACCAAAUACAGAAAUGUGACCAGAAAGCCUCGGACUGACUUUAGAAUUUUAGUACAUCGAGCGUGGGCUAUUAAGGUCACUUAGACUAAAUUUGUCCCUCCAUGCCCCAAAUAUUGUAUGUAUUCUCUGACAUUUCCUGGGACGUUCAGUGACAUCUGAUGCCUUUAUUAAUUGAUGCCGUUUUUUUUUAGCAAUGAACGAGUGUGAAAAGAAAGGACUUAAUUGCCCCCCUGCUCUGAAGUGCUUGAAACAGAAACAAGGUUAUGAAUGUGGGUGCAGUCCUGGUUUUAAGAUUGUGGGAGUCGGAAACAGAAGGACCUGCAAAGGUACGAUAAUCAUUAUUAUUUAGCUGAUGGCUUCUAACAAAAUGUAACAUGUUAGGGGUCGCCCUUGGUCCCACAAUUCUCAGCUGUUGCGAAAAACACGUUAAUUGAAAGAACGCUUGUUUCUUUUAUUAACCUCAUUUUCUCCGAAUGAACUUAUAUAUUAUAACAAGACAAAAAAUCUCGUAGAGCAAAAUUGCCUUAAAUGUCAAAAGUACUCAUACAACUCAUAGUCUCGUUCGAUAAACUUGCCUUCAGCAAUAUAUAAAAAUACGUAAAGAGUCCUAUUAGUAAAAUGUGUAAUGACAAAUAUAGUCAGAGUUCAAUUCUGGCAGUUUUGAGGAGAGGAGAAAUGCGCGCGUCGUCAAAUAUAUUUGCUGCUAAAAAUUUGAGUUCGCAGGAAAAAGCAAUGGAAUUGCUGUCGAUUUGAAAGUUAAAAUGAGCAUGGGCAAACUUAGUUGAAGAUUGAAAGAAUUUGUCACGACAAUGCAUUAUCAUUUCAGCCAAGGAUGAGUGCGAAAAGGCAGGAGAGGUAUGUCCAUCCGCGCUACUUUGCUUGAAACAAGAGGACGGAUCUUUUGCAUGUGACUGCGAUGUUAACUCAAAGGUAGUAGGAGAGGGAGAUGCGAGGACUUGUCAAGGUACAGAUUAUUUCUAAAGGACCUGGCAGUCAUAGGUUUUGUCCCAGUGAUCAUGCCUAUUUCUGUUUGCUUUAUGAAUGGUUGAAAAAAAACUUAAUUACUCGACGAAGCACAACCUCGUUCCCUCUCCUACCCGGCUCCCGUGAGCCGAGCAAGAAAGACCCUGGGAACGAGGUUGGAUGAAGCUAUUGUAGGUAAGGCAAACUAACAGAAAAACAGUUGACGCUUUCCUUUCACGUUUGAAUGCAAUCCAAUUUUGCCCCUUUGUUCUCCCUUGUACUGUUUCUGCAUUUCUCUUCUGUUCCCGAUUUUUUCCACUUCAUUUUAUUUAAUUUUGCCAUGGUUUCAAAAGGGAUAAUCAAGAUGCCUAAAACAACUUGGCUUAGUUACUCAAUUUAAGACUAUUCCAGUUAAACAAUCGAUUACUAACUUGUAUAUGAACUAAGAAAGAUGGAAAUCUGGUCACUCGAGUAAACUACAAGUGUUAAGCUGAGGGCUUGGAGUGGCGACUCAGGGCCAGUUAUUUAACCGUAGUUUAGCCAGUGUUUAAUUAAACCGCGUUCUAAGCCAUUUUCCAUUGGCCAUAUGGUUUUAUCUAAACACCAUUUAUUGUGAAAAGUUUUAUGAAAGCAUAUAGAGAAGACCAGAAAAGCAUUUAUCUUCUUACUUAUAACAGACUAAAGAUGAGACCUGGAGGUCCAAAGAUUUGUUAAACCGUGGCUUAAGUUAGACUUCGUUUAAAUAACCGACCCUAAGUAUUGAGCUUUAUGACCCAAUUUUUCCAGCCUUGGACGAGUGCGAGAAGUCAGGAGAGGUUUGUCCAUCUGAACUGUUUUGCCUGAAAAACGAAAACGGAACUUUCGCAUGUGGCUGCGAUGCUGACUCAAAAGUAGUGGGAGCAGGAGAUAACAGGACUUGUCAAGGUACAAUUCUUCAGCAAUUUAAGAGCAGGGGCUAUGUAACAAUAAAAGUUAAGGUGUUUCUACUCAGUUUUUCGGAAACCAGAGAUGUUUUGAAUUUUUACAAUCGCUAUAAAACUUUCACCACUUAGAGGUUCUUUCGACUGGAAUUUGUCAAAAAGUAAUUUUAUUUAUAAUAAUUUAAUAUUAUCAUGACAACGAUAAACAAAAAUCCUUGAAAGACGAAUUUUGUGCGGUCUUGACCUGCAAAUGAAAAUUCAAUGUCGGAUUUUAUAAACUAAAGUUUUUGGCAAGUAGCCUCCUUGAGAAUAGAAACCUCUGAGUGCUUGAAUUCAAAUAAAACGAAAAUAUAUUUUUAAAUGUUAUAUCUUCAUUAGACGUGAUAAAAGAUCGAAAAUCACAUUUUUAAUAACUCAAUUUACUCUUUAACAGCAUUACUAGCAAAUUUGGGUGCGAUCUUGGAAACAAACUUUUUUCUAAACUAAUUUCCACGUGCAACUUUAUGCAAACUCCUAUUGAUUAUUCAAGCUCUUCCAUACAUCUCAAAAACAGUUCAGUAGAAUUCUUUAAAAAAUUUCUCACAUAACCUUCGUGAUGUGAAAAGUAAUAUGUCAAACUUUCAUUAAAAUUCAUUUACUGUAGGCAACGCCUUCAAAUUCCAAGCUGAGCCUCGCCUACGAACUUCACUGUUUUGACGUUUAAAAAAUUUCUCACAUAACCUUCGUGAUGUGAAAAGUAAUAUGUCAAACUUUCAUUAAAAUUCAUUUACUGUAGGCAACGCCUUCAAAUUCCAAGCUGAGCCUCGCCUACGAACUUCACUGUUUUGACGUUAUGCUAAUUCUUUCAAAUUAAUGCGCAAUACAUACCUCCGUGCGCGUGGUUUUUACGCAUAGUUUGAAUCUCAAACAUUCAGGUAGAGAUCUUGUUUUUAGCAAGUGCCUUGGUCUGUAUUUGAGCAUUUACCUUCUGGUUCCUCAUAUUAAAGUUAUUUUAUUUAAAAAUUUUCCCAUACCUAUAUCAUCAUGGCCUUGUUUACAAGUAACUUCCUCUCCCGUUAUAAAUAUACGUUUCUAAUGCAGGCGUUUUGAAAGCGCCAAAGCAAAAAAUACAGCUUUAUAAAAUAUAAAUAAUGAUAUUAAAAGAUGUAUCAAUCAUGGAAGUAUGUAGGGAAUCUCUCGCUUUCCUCGAGAUUCAUCACUAAACCAGUACGAGACCCUGAUGAAUACUUCUACAAGUGAUUAAAGACAUCUUGAAAAUAAAAAAAAAAGCAAAUAAAAACUCACCUAGUUUAUCAUCUGCUUGUACUCUGGAAGUUACCCGUAAUCGCUCUUCCACGUGCAUUUUACAUGAUGUCAUGACAUAGGAGAAUAUCCCGGAUGGCGUAAAUACCCUGUAUUCAGUUAAGAAAACCAAUCGACUACGCAUGCUUCUGAUCUUAUAUCCGACAAAUUUUGGCUUUUUCCGCUAUCCCAGAGAAUAGUGUGCUGGCUCUGUAAUGGUCGCCAGCAAUAAGGUGAACUGUAAAUAGCUCUUCUACUUUUUCAAUUUAUGUUGUAUCAAAUUGCUCCUUAAGACUCUUUUGGAGGACACAAAUGCUUCUUGUAUUGGCUAUUAUGAGUCUGCGCGGGAAGCUGAGUCAAAACUGGUCCCUCACGGAGAGAGUCCCGUAGUGCAAUUCGAAACAACAUCGAGCCAGUUCCACGAGCGCAACUUCAAAAUGGUCGAUGAAUGGUCUCUUAUCGUUCCCCACCGUUGGCCGGAAUAGAGAUUUUACAGCUGAGCUCGCAGCAGACUAUCAACUACACAAAUUAUUUAGAUAUAUCUCUUAAGAGAGAGCCGUAGCACCAGAGUAGUAAACACCAUUCCCUGAAAGUUUGAAAUGAUCCCACGCAUCCUGAGAUAACUAAGAAGGGAUUGGACUGGGUUUAAACCGUAAAUAUCGCCUAGUAACUAAAGUAUUCUUUAAAACAAUUUUUCCAGCUUUGGACGAGUGCGAAAAGGCAGGAGAUGCUUGUCCAUUUCCCCUGCAGUGCAAGGAACAAGAGAACGCAACUUUCGCAUGUGGCUGCGAUGCUGGCUUGAAGUUAGUAGGAGAAGGAGAUGACAGGACUUGUGAAGGUAUUGUUUUCACGAUAUUUUCAACAAGCAUUUUCUAAAAAGCAUGAAAUCACAAACUGAAACACAAUCAAUCUUAUUGAAAAACGUCUGCACCUUUCCUUCGAUCGGUAUGAUACAAAAAGUAGGAUAUGUUUUUCAAGUAAACGGAGCUGCACGUGGUUGUUCUAUUCGCUUUUAUUAAGCACUUUAAUUUGCUCAGACAAUUAAAACCAAUAAUUCAAAAGAACUAAUAACCACUGACUAAGAAACAAAUCCAGAUAAAAACUCAGAGUAUAUUUUAGUCCAACUAACCCUCUCCUAAGCCAACCUUAACACUCAAAACUUUUUUAUGGAGAAAUAUUGGAUAAUGGGAGUGGUAGGUGAUCCCACAAUUCUGCGGAAUUACCCACCUUCCCCUCCCCUAACCCAACCUUAACACCAUCACGUGCACCGUUUUAGGUUAGAGAAGGGUUGAGGGGUAUGUGAGCAGAUUUCAGAAUCUAAGUGUAAUACUUGCUCGAUAUAUUAUACGUGCUAGCUGAUGACAUUUACGAGUGCAGUAUUCAAGGUGAUGUUUGCCCUCCGACUCUCAAAUGCCUAAAACAAGAAAAUGGAUCUCACGUGUGCGGCUGCAAGAAGAAAGGCUACGUAGUUAAAGGAACCGAUCAGGAACGGACUUGUGAAGGUAUAAGUGCUUAAUUUCAUUCAAACUGUUUCCUCGUACCAGCCUGCUAUUCUUACGAUCAUUUUAUGAUUUUGACACCAUUCUCCCCUAGAAAUAGAGUAAAUUGCAUCACUGGAUAGGGGGUUUCAAAGCAGCUCGAAAACUGUGAGCUGAGAUGUACUCAAUCUCCUUUUGGUUGGAGUAAACUCGAACUCAGCUCCCUGGCUUAAAAAAAAAAAGUGAUGGGAUCUGGUACUGGUGAGAAUUGGGUUGCUGAAAUUGUUUAGGAUGCGUAGGUCUCUUGUUCACCCCAUGUGGUCUUUUUUUUUCUCAUUGUUAUUGGGUAUAAUAGUGGAUGACUGCUGGCUAAUAUGCAGUGUCAUUUGUAAAAUUUGUGAUUUGGUGAGAUUACAAAUACGGCUAUCCCCAGUUAUCUCCAAAUUUUAAUUGUUAAGGGCCGGUUGUCAGUGGUAGAAUCUUCUAUAUAACAUACACAUUUUUCAGAUGUAGACGAAUGCACUCAAAACCCUUGCGCUGAGAAUGAACAAUGCGUAAACGUGCCAGGAAAAUUUGAAUGCCUCUGUAAAGACGGAUACAUCAAAAAUGCCGGUAGCUGUAAGCCUGGUGAGUUCUAGCCUGUACACAGACGUUGUUUUAUUUCUCUUUUNGCGAUCAAUAAAUCCGCCGCGUUUUUUUUUUUUAUCACGCGCACUCGAAGGACUUAGAAGAGAAAAUAGAGGGUCUGUGAACUGGUUAGGUGGGUUCACGUCCUCCACUAAACGAAAAAUUGAACACUUUCACGCUAUAUAUGUUAAAAAAUGUGCUGCAGUUUUUUGCCGUUCUCGUUGCCGUCGCCGUCGUCGUUGCUUAAACCCCCUUACAACUGCACGAGAAGAAGGUAACACACAGUCGAUUGGAUUCUGGCGAAAUACUUUGUUUAAAAAUUAGACGGAGUAGUGAAUAAGCGAGUUUUUUACUUCUUGUUUUCUCUACAUCACUGCACUUCUUCAACAACACCCUUUGCGCUGGGCUUGUAUUCGCAGCGACCCGUUCAAAUGCAGUUUUGCGCGUCCCCUGUUAGGAUCAUUCAGUAGAGUUAACCUUGUGUUUGACGUCGAGUAUCAUGUGCAACACGUGCUAACGGAAUACUUUAAACACGUCUCGUACAUGCGUGACUCCAAAGCAUUCCUAGCAAUACAAAUUAAAAGAAAUCACAUUUCACAAACGCUAGACUACGUGUUUCCCCUUAUACGCAUUAUAUUGAAAUGACUUGUUUUUCAUCAUCGUAGCAAAAUGUGUCAACGUCAAGUGUAAUGCGCACGAGAUGUGCCACGACGGAAUAUGCAGAUGUAAAAAUGGAUACAGAAAGUCCAAGGCAGCAAAAGGAAAGUGCGUAAAAGGUGAGGUGCCCUUUACCGUGUGCACGUUUUAA